CGACGGGGAUCAACGACACGGGGGACCAAGGCUACGGACGGGACCGACGACUGCGGAGUGAAGGACAACGGUUGAACAUGGCCGAUGAAUUUGAAGACGUGGAUGAGGUCCUCGAGGCUGGGCCUCGUGUGAUCAGCUUGGGACAGGAGACGGCCGCGGCCGAGGCGGCCGACUCGAGCUUGCCCCCAAGCGCAGCCCCUGCUGGCCCGCGCAGCGUCACAUGGGCCGUUGCUGAGGCCUCGGCCCCACAGUCUGAGCAACCUGCGCCGCCCACUGAUGAAGAGGCCUUUCCCUCGCUCUCCGGUGGGCCUGGCAGCAAGAUGCCGGCGUCUACCCCGGCGUCUACCUCUGCGCCCGCGUGGCCCGCACGCACAGCCGCAGCCUCUGCAUCGGUGACCAAGACCGCGGCGACCCGCCCAGCCGCAUCGGCCAAAGCAACAGAGGGAACCCCAACAUCCUCUUUGUCCUCCAAACAGGAGAAGAAGGCCGAGCCAGCUCGCCCUGUCAUCAAGCCGAGCCGUACCGUUGAAACAGAGCGCGAGGCCUCGCACAUUGCCGACAUCCUCGUUGUUGAUUCCGCAGGUUUUAUCCGCAACGCGCCCUUGCAGCAACUGGCGGCCACCAUCAUCACCCUUCCUGAUGUCAUCGAGCUCGAGUACAAUGGCAACGCUCGCCUUCAUGACAAGCCUCGCAAGCCUCGAGGUCCUGGCUCCAGCGACAAGCCCUGCCGCUAUGGACUGGCCUGUCGCCGCAAGCACGUGUGCUGGUAUCAGCAUCCUGAAUCACCCGAAGAAGCCGAGGCCAUGGCUCAGGCCACCUCCCAUGCAGACCGUGCUGCGUUUGGUCAUGAUGCGUCAACAGCCAACACGAGUGCCGGCGCAACCAACGAAACAGAGGCAGCAAAUGCUCCUGUGAGCGUGGAGGAAGACGAGGAUGAUGAUGGGUCAGGCUGGAUUGGACCUAGCAACGUGGACGAUGUGACCAAGCAGCUGCGCUCAACACUCACCGUGGCCAAACCCGACGCCAAGGUGGCGUGUCUCACAGCCGAUUACGCCAUGCAAAACGUGAUGCUUCAAAUUGGCCUCAACGUGGUCUCAGUUGAUGGCAUGUACAUCAAGCGCGUCAAGUCCUUUGUCCUGUACUGCACCACCUGUAUGACUCACACAGCCAAGACCAUGUUGCAAUUUUGCCCAAGCUGUGGUGCCGCCACUCUCAUCAAGGCAUCUACCUCUGUUGAUGGCGAUGGCAACACGACAGUCGUGGUGCCCACCCUGCGCAAAUCUCAGACUCGUGGAUUGCGCUAUUCCAUCCCCAUGCCCAAAGGAGGACGUACUUCUAAUCUGAUUCUUCGGGCUGACCAGCCGGAGAUGCUGAAGCAACAACGCAAGGAGAAACCAGUCAACAUGUUUUCCGACGAAGCUGCCAUCGGAAACAAUCCUUUUGGCAAGGUCCACAAGGUCAAUGUUGCCAAGGGCGGUAGCAUUAAUCCGCAGCGCAAGGUUGUCGGCUAUGGUAAACACAACCCGAACGAGAAGAAACCUACUCGCAAGGGCAAGCGCAACAAAUGAGUGUUUCGUUUCGUGGUGUGUUGCUUCAUGUCUGUGAGGAAUUGAAAGGCGCAGCUUCC